AUGGAUUUAUUCUCAAGGAUUUGCUCUUUGGCGUUGGAACCUAAGCUGCAACUGCAACAACUGCAACAACAACAAGGACCACAACAUCCUCAAAAAGUUACUGGAACUCCUGAAGUAAUAGUUCAAUAUGUCUAUAAUGAUAUUUUAGCUGUGAAAACCCAAAUUAAAAAAUAUAACGAACUCACCGGAAUACUCACAACCAAUAAUUUAUAUUAUAAAUUAUUUAAAUUGGUGGAGAACGACCAUUAUAAUGAUGUGGAAGAAUUAAAAAAGAAGUUUGAAUAUGAUGUUACAUCUAAUCAGUAUAAUCGUCAAUUACUUCAGUUAUACAAAUCACAUUUAAACGAUUAUUCCAAUCUUCUUGACAUAUUCAGAAAUAACUAUAAUCAUGGUAUUUAUGAAUCCAAUAUUGUUAAGUAUAGAAGUAGUGUAAGUUCAUCAUCCAAUCGUAGCCGUUCAAGCAGUAUGAGACUGAACCGUAAUAACAAUAACAAUACCAAUAAUAAUAAUAAUCUUACAAGCGAUCAAGCUAGCUCAAUAUUCUCCAUGCCUUCGAUUGACUCUGCUGCUUCAUCAGUAAGUAAUUUCUCGGUUGCAAAUUCACCUAAGUCGGUUUCAAGAAAGCAACUGCUCAGGAAAGUUAUUGAAGGAGACAUAGACUAUAGUCGAAUUUCUGAUGAGGCACCAGAUAGUUUAUUGGAUCCUAUUUCGUUUGAUUUAUUCAGUGAUCCAGUCAUUACUCCAAGUGGAAUAACGGGCCACAUUGCUCCGGAGUCCCGGACUUAUCCCGACUUACAGUUGGUGGACUCUGUGUUUGAUACUGUAUCAGAUAGUAUAACAUUUGUAUUAUCAUCAUCAGAUUCAGGUAUAAUUGAAGUUCAACAAUUUAUGAAAAAUGGAGAUAUUAAUGUACUUGCAAGUUUCCCAUUGAAUGAUUUUGAAGCAAAAUUAUUGAAUUUCAUUCAUGUAGUAGAAUCAAGUCAAUUGAUCUUUGUAUUAAGUAAUGGAGAUAUAAUUACUGCCACUUAUGAUUCAAAUAAUCCUGAUGAAUCAACUACUAUAGUUGAAAUUGUUGGAUCAAUUGAUUCAGGUAUAAAUUCAGCCAGUUGGUCACCCGAUGAAGAAACUUUAGCACUUCUUACUGGAGAAAAUAAAUUAUUAUUAUUAUCGAGAAUAUUCGAACCUAUUUCGGAACGAGAAUUAGAUUCUAAUGAUAUAAAGAUUAGUGAUUCUAAACAUGUAUCUGUAGGAUGGGGGAAGAAAGAAACUCAAUUCAAAGGGAAGGGAUUUAAAGCAUUAGAAAGAGAAAGGGAGGCACUUAAACAUGCAGGAUUAGAUGUUAAAGAAGAUACAACUACCUUAAGAGAUCCAACCGUAGGAGAAAUUGAAAGAGGAGAGAUUUCCCAAUUUGAUAAUUAUAAUGUGACUAUAAGUUGGAGAGGAGAUUGUGAAUAUUUUUCUAUAACCACUAUAGAACCAGUCCUUGUGGAAGAUACAGCCGAAAUGUAUGAUAGAAGAGUUAUAAGAGUGUUUACAAGAGAAGGAGAAUUAGAUAGUGUUAAUGAAGCAGUUGAUGGAUUAGAACAUAAUUUAGCUUGGAAGCCUCAAGGAUCUUUAAUAGCUUCAACUCAAAGACAUUUAGAUGAUGAAGGAGAUGAAGUACUUGAAUUGGUAUUUUAUGAAAGAAAUGGGUUAAGACAUGGACAAUUUAAUACAAGAUUAGAUCCAUUAUUAGAAGUUAUAAAUAAUUUACAAUGGUCUUCGGAUAGUGAAGUAUUAUUAUUUCAAUUAUAUGAUAGAGUUCAAUUAUGGACUUGUAAGAAUUAUCAUUGGUAUUUAAAACAAGAAUUAUUUAUAAAUUUAUCUAAACCUGAGAAUCAAAUCUUAUUUGCUAAAUUCCAUCCCGAGAAACCUUUACAUUUAAUGAUUGGUACUUCUGAUGAUGGAAUUGAAAUCAUUGAUUUGGGUCAUAAGAUUGUUACGGGUCCAACUCAAUUAGGUGAUGAUGUUGGGAUGUCCUUAGUUACUGAUGGUUCAAUAGCAAAGAUUACUCCCUUAUCAAUUGCCAAUGUUCCACCUCCCAUAAGUUUUCGAGAACUUGAUAUUAAUGAGAACAUCACUGAUUUAGUGGUUAGUAAAUCUAAUGAGAAAUAUGCUAUUUUGAGCAGUACAGGUAAUGUCUAUUUAAGUUAUCUUUCAUUAGAAUCUAUGAGAAGGGGAGGUAAUCCUAAAGUAGAUGGGAAAAUCGAUAGUAGUUUAGUACUUACAGAACCUAAUGAAGUUGCCAAACAAAUCGCCUUUAUUAAGGAUUGGUUUGUGGUAGUAAUAGUCGAUGGUAUCAGUUAUUCCAAAAUGAUGUUAUUUGAUGUAGAAGAUGUUGAAAAUCCUAAAUUCAAUGAAUCUAUUCCGUUCAAUCCUAAGAUAGUUCUUGCCAAACCUACGUCUGAUUUUAAUGAAGUGGCUAUAGAAUGUAUAGAUGGUAGAGUUAUGACCAUUAGUCCAUCAUUGGAUCUUUCAGAUGUAUGUCUCUUCCCUCAAUUAUGUCGAGAAUUUGAAGUAGCUAAUACUCCCGAUGAAGAUGAAUUAGAUACUCCUUCUGGUUGGACAGCGUUUGGGAUUUCCAGUAAUGGGAAAUUGUUUGCUAAUGAAAAGCAAAUAGCCAGUGCAGUCACUUCCAUUAAAGUGACUGAAUCACAUUUACUCUUCACUACGGCUCAGGCACAGUUAUGUUUUGUUCAUUUAAAGUCAGGAGAUGGAGACGAAGAGUAUGGAGUAUUUCAAACGGAUGGCAACGAAGCAGUCGAUGAAAGAAUACGACAAAUAGAAAGAGGUUCUUGGUUAGUCAGUGCUAUGCCAUCUAAAUAUUCCGUCGUGCUUGAAGCUCCUCGAGGUAAUUUAGAAACCAUAUGUCCAAGAAUUAUGGUGUUAUCAGGAGUUCGGAAAUUCAUUAAACAACUCAAGUAUAAGGAGGCCUUCUUAGCUUGUAGAACUCAUAGAAUAGAUUUGGAUUUACUUCAUGAUUAUGACCCUGAAUUAUUCUUUAGUAAUAUUGAAAUCUUCAUUAAUCAGAUUAAGAAAGUCGAACAUUUAGACUUGUUUGUAUCAUGUUUACAUGAAGAAGACACGACCAAGACUAAGUAUAGAGAUACUAUUCAUGAGAUUGAGGAUGGAAAUGAAUUAUCUGUAGCCAAAUUACAGAUCACUUCUCCAACUCCUCCACCUCAAGACACUAAAAGGAUCAUUAAGAACAAAGAAGAAGUGUUUAACACCAAAGAUUCCAAAGUCAAUAAGAUUUGUGAAGCCAUCUUGUCUGUCUUGCUAAGAAAGGAAUACUUUGAGCCAUACUUACAGACCAUCAUUACUGCGUAUGCAUGUGAAAAGCCGCCUAAUUUGGUAGAUGCCUUGAAAUUGAUCGGAGAUUUCAAGAAUCCUGAUCAAGUGGAACUGACCGUAACUCAUUUAUGCUUUUUACAGGAUGUCAACAAACUAUACAAUACUGCGUUAGGAUUGUAUGAUGUCAAAUUAACCUUAGCCAUUGGACAAAAAUCUCAAAAGGAUCCUAAGGAAUACUUACCAUUCUUACAGAAUUUACAUGUCCAAACCGACUUAAGAAAGAAAUUCUUAAUUGAUGAUUAUCUUAAGAAUUACGAGAAGGCUUUACAUUGGUUAUUUGAAAUUGGAAGUGAAUCUCAUCAAGAAUUCGAUGAUUAUGUAGUUCAACAUGAAUUAUAUAAGAAAGCUUUAAGUAUCUACAAAUAUGAUGAUACUAGAUCCAAUGCCAUAUUACACCUUUAUGCUGAGCAUUUGAAUGCCCAACAAGAAUAUGUUGAAGCUGCUAUUUCAUAUGAGUUCUUAGGACAAUAUGAAAAUGCCAUUGAAAACUAUAUUCUCAGUAAGAGAUGGAAUGAAUCACUUAGUUUGGUUCAGAAGGUGGAAUUUGCUGAACAAGCCAAUGAAACAGCUGAAAGGCUCAUCAGUUCAUUAACUGAAGAUCAUAAAUAUGCCGAUGCAGCUGAGAUUUCCUUUUACUUCUUGGGUAAUAUUGAGCAGGCCGUAAUAUUAUAUUGUAAGAACUAUUACUAUGAUAGAGCCAUUUUAUUGGCUACUAAGGAGAAGCACCAUGAAUUAUUGGAAUCGGCCGUUGAUAUUCAAUUGAAUGAAGGGUUUGGUACUAUAGCCGAAUUACUUGCUGAUUGUAAAUCGCAAAUCUUAUCACAAUUAAAGAGAUUACGAGAAUUACGAGCUAAGAAAGCUGAAGAUCCCUAUGCAUUCUAUGGAGCUCCUGAUGAUUUAGAUACUCCUGAUAAUGUCUCAGUAGCCGCCUCUGAAACUUCAACUACUCCUUCUUUCUUUACCAGAUAUACGGGUAAAACAUCGGGAACUGCCAAGACUGGAGCUUCAAGAAGAACAGCCAAGAAUAGAAAGAGAGAAGAAAGAAAACGUGCUAAAGGUCGUAAAGGUACCAUUUAUGAAGAAGAAUAUUUAAUUAGAUCAGUCGGACGUUUGAUUGAAAGAUUAGAUCAAACUCAAGCUGAUGCCAUUCGAUUAAUUGAGGGAUUGAUUAGAAGACAUAUGAAGGAAAAGGCCUAUUUAAUUCAAAACAAUUGGAUUGAAUUGACGGAUUUAAUCAAACAACACAUUGUGGAGAUCCAUGACAUGAGUGAAAGAGAUCGAGAAAGAAUUGAUGAUAAUGGAGAAGUAUAUUUAAUUCCUGAGAUUCCCGUGCCUGUCAUUACCGAAUUCCCCAAGAAGCAUAUAUUAGAUUUCUAA